UUGAAAUCCCUGUGACCGCAUUACAUUUUUCAAAGGACAAGUUUCACGAUCCAAUAACGUACCGCCGUAUUACCUUUAUACUUCCAGGUGUAGAUGAGCAACAUUCACAUGGACCCGACUCAGUUAUAUCGAUGUAAGACCACGCAUUCAGCAGUUUUCAGCGGAAGAGGACGAAUGCAGGAUAAAUGCUGAUAAUUGUUCCGGACUGUGCCUGACUGACGCUGGAUUUGGUCGUAUUAAACAAUUGUACAGGAGAUCGGACGUUGAUACCGUAAACCAGGCAGCGGAAGUGGUAAACCAUUCAUCUCAUAGCAACGAGAUUGUUGUAUAUGGCAACAGUGGAAACAUUUCAUUGAGGAUACUUUUAAAAAAUCACAAUGGUUCCAAAUACCUGUAUCGCAGAUUCCGAUUCGCGUCUGAUGAACCAGGUGUGUCAUGUUCGUUAGUGUCUGCAGCAGAUUCCAAGGAAGUAAGAUUUGUAGUUGAAAGACACAUCUUCUUAAAACGCGCCCAUAUGAUGUUCAACCGGAAGUCACUCCCACAGGAUUCGGAGCUGAAUGGCAGCAGUAUCUAUUCAGACAUGUGCAACAACCGUUCUAGAAUUUCUUUAUUUAAAUGUUGAUUUAAAGUAUAAUGCUUCGCACUGAACAUAUAAUAGGAUGUAGCGGUGAUAUAUGGAAUUGAUAACGUAGCAGAGGGGCUCCGGAAUCAUUUUUAUGCAAGCACGGCGGCGAUCCAGCGCUCCAUCAAAAUGAAGCAAUCAAUAUUUCAGAUGUAACUAAACAGUCCUCAAUGGCGUCGUUCCUCGGUACACCAAAGAAGGUAGACAACGAGCGUGUUACACAGGCUAUUGCAGAUAUGAUCGUGUCUGAUUACGUACCGCUGAGUAUAGUUGAAGGUCAGGGUUUCCAGCGACUCAUGAAUAUCGUUGCUCCAGAUUACACCGUACCAUGUAGAAAGACAAUUCGAUCAAGGAUCCAGAAACGCUACGAUGUUGAGAGAGACCAUUUAAAAUCUGAACUUGAGUGUGUGUCAUCUGCAGCUAUUACAACAGACACCUGGACCUCCAACUCUACAGAAAGUUAUAUCACUGUGACUGAACACCAUGUUAGUGAGAAAUGGGAACUUAAGUCUAAUGUGCUGAUGACGCGUGCUAUGCCGGAACGCCAUACCUGAGAGAAUCUCGCGAACAGACUGAAGGACUGUGUUUCAGAGUUUAACUUGGAUAGUAAAGUGAAAACUUGUGUUCAUGAUAAUGCGCGAAAUAUGGAUUGUGCUGGGAAAUUAUGUGAGGACUGGGGAGAUCUGGGAUGCUUCGGGCAUACAUUACAGUUGUGCUUAAAACCAGCUAUGGAAUUAACAGCAGUUUCUAAAGUGAUAUCCAGGUGUAGGAAAUUAGUCGGACAUUUCAAGCACUCCACAACACUUACAGCUGAAAUGCGCGAACGACAGAAGGCAAUGGGAGUUCCGGAGCAUACGCUGGUUCAAGACGUCGUAACACGGUGGAAUUCUACUUACCAGAUGAUGACCCGUUUAGUUGAACAGCGACGAGUUGUGUCAGACAUUCUCCUAGAUCCAAAGUUAAGUAAGAAAGAGGACAGUGUUCUAAACUUGAAGGAAUAUGAGUGGGAUCUGAUAGGUGAACUUAGUGACAUUCUUCGCCCAUUAGCGGAUACUACCGAGUACAUGUGUACGGAACGCUGUGUGUCAGUAUCUGAGAUUUAUCCCAUAGUGUGCGGACUGGUGAACAGGCGUCUUGUAACUUCAAACACGGACAGUAACACUGCGUCGAGAGUGAAAGAGGUGAUACGCGAAGAUUUGAUGCGACGUUACCAGCCUUCAUCAGACACGGCGGCAGAGUCAGCGGCAGCACUAGGCGCUCUUCUGGACCCACGGUAUAAGAAGUUGCCAUUCUUCUCCUCCCAGCAACGUAAGAUCACACAUGGUGCUCUCGAAUCUUGUCGUGAAGACCUGCCGCUCAGACUUCCCGCCAGUGACGUAAACAACUGUGAGGAAACACCAGCAAAGCGCCGUAAGUUAGACUUUCUCGAUUUCGGUUCACCUGAACGUACCUCAGAGGACGAGGUACAGAGUUACCUAAGUGAAAAAAUGGUGUCGGGCACUGAUCCUCUUCUUUGGUGGAGAGAUAAUGAGGAGAGAUUUCCCAAAAUUGCAAUCGUUGCAAAAAGAGUUCUCGCAGUUCCGGCAACUUCUGUACCUUCAGAACGGAUAUUCAGCGCAACGGGACUACUCAUUAAUAAGUUGAGAAAUAGACUAUCUAGCGAGAUAGUGGACAGCAUAUUCUUUUUGAACAAAAAUGAGGUGAACAUUACUGAAGCUGAUUAAUAUGUUAGAGACUGAUGUUCAUUUGAUGCUUUGAUAGAUUAACGAAACUUUAUACAUGUGGAUCAUAUUACGUAGUUACUAGUUACCAUCGUGACUGUGAUAUUUUUAGUACCUGCAUAAGAUACAAUAGAAUAAAAGUUGCAACGAUGAUUUAUUUAUCAAUGUUAAACAUUAUCAGUGUUUAUUUAUUGAUUUUGAUGCUUUGAUAAAUUGACAAAACUGUAUAUAUGUACAUCUAUACGUAGUUACCAUCGUAUGUUUAUAAUAGAGAUACGUUUUCUACCUGUAUAAGCUAUAAUUGGAUAAAAGUUGAUACGAUGAUUAUGCAUGUAAAUAAAAUUAUCAAUGUUUAAUAUUUAUUGAUUUGAUUUCUCGCAUCUUGAUUGAAAAAAUAAAGCCCAUUUCAUUUAACCAACAGUCCAUAUUUCUUAUGAUAACUUACGUUUUGAAAAACGGCAUGUAUUGUGUAUAUGCCAAUCACUUAAUAAGUAUUUAAAACUUCCAUUUAACAAACCGAAUAUUCGAAUAUAUUCGAAUAUGGUCAAUCGAAUAUUCGAAUAUUGAUUUCAGUAUUCGUUCCCAUCCCUAAUAUAUACACUGAAGAACACAUGCACCAGUUUUUAUUUACAGCGUACACUUGCAUUGUGUUUUAGACGUAUUAUGGAUUUUUUGCAGGUUUAAGAUUGAAUACAACCAAAAGCUGUAAAGAUUCGCUUUAUUGAAUAAAUCUUUUAUGGUAAUAAUAAUAUUCAUUAUAUUGUUUUGUUUUUAUGUGCACGAAUUUGUCCAAAAUACAGGAAGUUGAAUAUAGUUGUAAACAUUCUGGUUG